UCGCCUGCUUUGUUUCCAAUUUCGAUGUUUACCUCUUCAUCCUCCUCUCCGACUCCGCCAAACAAGACAUGGAAACAACAACUCGAAUCCACUCGUGUAAGAGCACAAACUAGUCUAGGCCCCAUCUCGGAUGCUUGGUCGAGAACUCCGGAUGCGGCAAAGUUGGGAUUGGCUAUGGUCGGGGGAUCGCUAAUAACAUUUGGAGGAAUAAGGGUAUAUAAAGGAUUUUUCAAGCGGAUUCGUAAUUCCGAGCAAGUGAGCAGCAGUGACUUCGAGAAGAAAAGGUGGAUCAAAGGUGUCGUGACGAGUGUUGGCGACGCAGACAACUUUAGGCUUUAUCAUACCCCUGGAUUUGGGUGGAACUGGCCAUUGAAGUUCCGUCGCGUACCCAGCUCGGCUAAAGAUCUGAAGGAGGAGACACUACAUAUCAGGAUGAUGGGAAUAGAUGCGCCCGAGGCCGCUCAUUUCGGGAAGCCCGCCCAACCCUAUGCGGAGGAGGCCUUGGAAUGGCUUAGAAAUGCUGUUCUAGGCAAACGCGUGCCACUCAGGUGGCAGCCCCUAUGGUUAAAUCGUGGAUUCCAUUCCGAUAUCGCUGUGUGUCCAUCGAUAUGCUUAAAGCUGGAUGGGCGACCGUUUACCAACAAAGCUACGCAGAAUAUGGCAAAUGGGGAAAAGACCACUUAUUAUCGUUGGAAAAGGCCGCACAGCAAGCCAAGCUCGGAAUGUGGCAACGAGGUACCAAAGGCGAAACCCCUGCAGAGUAUAAACGGAGAUACGCCGGGG